AUGAUGUUGAACGCGAGCGCCAUCAAAACGGCGUCGGAUGGAGUCUGGCAAGGCGAUAAUCCGCUGAACCACUCUCUGCCAUUGUUGAUCGUUCAAACCAUGGUCGUUCUCUUCGUUAGCCGAACCCUUGCCUUUUUCCUCAAACCCCUUCGUCAACCCAAAGUUGUCGCCGAGAUUAUUGGUGGGAUUUUGCUGGGACCUUCAGGUAUUGGGCGCAACAAGAAAUUCAUGCAGACGGUGUUCCCAUGGUGGAGCACUACCAUGCUCGAAUCUGUCGCAAGCUUUGGCCUCUUAUUCUACCUUUUUCUCGUCGGUCUUGAGCUCGACCUCCGCACCAUUCGCCGUAGCGGCAAGCGAGCUUUUAACAUCGCGGUCGCCGGAAUAACCCUCCCCUUCAUCUUCGCCGUCGGAGUCACCUUCCUUCUCCAGAGAACCAUCCGCUCUGAAAACCCUAACAUUGGCUACAUUCAGCACUUCGUCUUCUUGGGGGUUUCUCUCUCCAUCACAGCUUUCCCUGUGCUCGCGCGCAUCCUAGCGGAGCUCAAGAUGCUCACCACACGUGUUGGAGAAACGGCCAUGGCAGCUGCAGCCUUCAACGACGUCGCUGCCUGGGUUUUGUUGGCCUUGGCUGUCGCUUUGGCUGGUCAAGAACACAAAAUCACCCUCUUGACAUCAAUAUGGGUGCUCUUCUCAGGAGUGGCAUUUGUUGGCGCCAUGAUGAUCCUGGUUCGGCCGGUGAUGAACCGGGUUGCUCGCAAGUGUUGCGGCGAACACGAAGUGUUACCCGAAACUUUUGUAUGUUUAACCCUUGCGGGGGUAAUGCUAUCGGGGUUCGUGACGGAUAUGAUAGGCUUGCAUUCAAUUUUUGGAGGAUUUGUUUUCGGGCUAACGAUACCAAAAGGGAGUGAAUUUGCGAGCAAGUUAACGAGGAGAAUUGAGGACUUUGUGUCCACGUUGAUGCUUCCCUUGUACUUUGCUUCCAGUGGCUUGAAAACUGAUGUGACCAAGUUACGUAGCAUGCUGGAUUGGGGGCUUCUUUUGCUGGUUACAUCCACAGCGUGCGCCGGCAAGAUUUUCGGAACGUUCGCGGUGGCGGUAAUGUGUACGGUGCCGCUCAGGGAAUCCUUGACGCUUGGAGUGUUGAUGAACACCAAAGGCUUGGUAGAGCUAAUCGUUCUCAAUAUUGGCAGGGAGAAAAAGGUUCUUAACGACGAGAUGUUCACCAUUCUGGUGCUCAUGGCUCUCUUCACCACCUUCAUUACAACUCCACUCGUCUUGGCUAUAUAUAAACCUUCUACUGUAAACAACGGUUCGCAAAAUCCGUCGCGGCUAACAGAUUUGCAAGAGAAGCUUCGCAUUCUUGCUUGCAUCCAUGGAACUAGCGACAUACCCUCUUUAAUAAACUUCAUUGAAUCUAUUCGUGCCACCAACAUGUCUCGGCUGAAACUAUACGUGAUGCAACUUACUGAACUCACUGAUAGCUCGUCCUCCAUCUUGAUGGUUCAACGCAGCAGAAAGAAUGGUUUUCCCUUCAUCAACCGACUCAAAAGGGGAGCGAUGCAUGAGCAAAUCGCCAUAGCAUUCCAGGCAUAUGGUGAAGUGGGUCAGGUUACUGUGCAUCAUUUGACAUCCAUAUCUUUGUUGUCAACCAUGCACGAGGACAUAUGCCAUGUUGCAAAAAAGAAAGGUGUGGCAAUGAUCAUAUUGCCGUUCAACAAAAGGUGGGGAGGGGAAGGUGAAGAAGUGACAGAAGACUUAGGUCAGGGUUGGAGGGAAGUCAAUCAGAGGGUGCUUCAAAAUGCACCCAGCUCUGUUGCAGUUCUAGUUAAGCGUGGGGGUGGCAGAAGGUACGAACAAGGACCACAGACCAGUGUUGCUGCAAGGAAAAGGGUGUGCAUAAUUUUCAUUGGUGGACCAGAUGAUCGCAAGGUUUUGGAGUUAGGUAGCAGAAUGGCUGAGCAUCCAGCAAUUGGGCUACUUUUUGUAAGAUUCACUUCAUGCAAAGAAACGGAGGACGAGAGACGCAACCACAACUCACCAAUAUCCACUAACAACUGGGAAAAAGAGAAGGAGUUGGAUGAGGAAGCAGUGAACGAGUUCAAGGCUAAAUGGCAGGAAUCAGUGGAGUACAUUGAAAAGAACACAACCAACAUAACAGAUGAGGUGUUAUCAAUUGGGGAAGGUAAAGAUUACGACCUAGUAAUUGUGGGGAAGCAACAACAGCUUGAGUCAACCAUGAUGACAAACCCAGAUUUUCGCCCCGAGCAUACCGAGCUGGGACUCAUUGGAGAUCUCUUUGCCUCUUCGAGCGGCAUUACCAGUUCAUUGCUCGUUAUACAGGACCGGCAUUUGAUAAAUCCAAACGAAAGUACUCUCGUUAAGACAGCAACGGCCAAGAAUACUGUGAUUAACAGUACCAUCUGAGACCAAUCUAUUUAUCAUUUUCGGUUGUUCGAUGUAACCUGCAAAUCAAUCUAUUUCUUGCUCCCCCUUGAACUUUUUUAUAUUAUAA